AUGCCUGCCCCAUACAUAGACACGCCACAGACGAAUAACGACGCGACAUACCUUACCAAUGGCGCCGGUAGACUCGGUGACUUGUCGCCCGAGAAGUCGUUCUUUGCACCGGCGGGCAAGCAGGAUCUGAUCGCUCAGAUGCGAAGUGCGCGCAACGAUGGCAGAGGACUCCGAACACCACGACCGGGCACGAGAGAUCCUUUGCAACUUCUUCCCAACGGCAGAAACGCAAAGAGCGAAUUUACACCUCUGAUGAAAAGCGUUGCGAAGAAUAACAUUGCCAAACGCAUGUCAGCAAGGAAAAACGGCGUCGCCGAGACCCCGGCCGGGCUCAAAGCUGGCUAUGGCGACAGCGGAACGCCCCUACCAGGAUCCGACGAGAACUCCCACCUACCCGGAAACGAUUCGAGUGCCGCGAUCAACAGCAGUCAAUUCACUCCGCAUCCCCAAGACCUCAGCAGCAGCGCCCAAAGCACACCUUUGGCGCAACUGCCACCUCGGAAUGGCGGUGGCGGCGUUGUCAAUGACGGCAACAUGAUGACUCUACGUGAGCAAGAAGGCAUAAUAGACAAGAUCGAGAAGGAGAACUUCGGGCUGAAGAUGAAGAUUCACUUCUUGGAAGAUGCCAUGUCAAAGCGGGGCGGCGAGUUUAACCAGGCUGCUUUAAGAGAAAACACCGAUUUGAAGGUCACCAAGAUCACCAUGCAGAGGGAGCUUCACAAGUUCAAGAAAAACAUCGCACAGGCCGAGCAGGAUGCCGAGGCUUACCGUUUGAAACUCGAGGAAUACCGACAACAGAUCAAGCGUAGACAAGCAGAUGAGUCGACCAGAGCUGAGAUGGAUCGAUUGAUCAAGGAGAUCCAGAAGAAGGACGAGCUGCUUGAGAAGUUCGAGGACAAAUCCGAGGCACAGCAGGCACGUGAAACCGCUGAGCUGAAGAGACUACGUGAAGAUCUGGAGGACGCUCAGAUGGAACUCCGCCAGAAAGAACGAGAGCUCGACGAGAAGGACGAUCAGAUCGAUGCGCUCAAGAUCAACGCGAACAAGGAAUCAAGUGCUUCAGCAGAAGUUGAAGACGAGCUCGAAUCAGCAAAAGAGCAGCUUGUAGACCUCCAGCGCGAUCUCGAAGCCGCUCAACAAGAAGCUAAAGAGGCGAAGGAGGACCGUGAAGACGCCAUGAUUGAGAAGAGAAAGGCUGAGGGCGACCUUGAGGAGUUGCAGGACGAAAUGGCAAACAAAUCUUUCACCACAAAAGGCCUGAGCCGCCAGCUGGAGGAGAAGAUGUCCAAUUUGGAGGACGAAGUUGAUACGCUGCAGCAAAAGCUUGAGCAAGCACAAACCGAGCUGAGUGAGAAGUCGCAAGCCGAGCGUGGGUUGCAGGAGAAGCUGCGUGAGAUCGAGAAGGAAGGUGCAUCUGGUUCACGGCACCUGCAGCAAGAUCUUGAGCUCGCCAAACAGCAGCGAGACACAUUCGAACGCAAAUUGACCAACAUGUCCAAACACGCCGAAGACCUCGAGAAAGAGCUGCAGACGCUCAGCGACGAGAAGAACCUCCUUCAAUCGCGCCACGACGCUCUUACCACCGAAUCCUCCCAACUGCAGAAAGAUCUCGCCCAAGCACGCAAAUCGAUCUCGGAACUCGAAAAUGCGGUCUCAGACGAGCGCCGACGUUCCGCCCAACAAGACAAUAUUCUACGCGCUCAGCACCAGCAAGAUGUCGAUCUGCUCAACGACCAAGUCGACAAGCUCCAUCGUGAAGUCAACGCCAAAGAGAAUGACCACGCCGCAGAUCUCGAAGAGUGGGAGGCUAAGCGCAAAUCCCUCGAGUCUGCCAGUGCGAAGGCCGAAGAACGAGCAGCGGGGUUGCAGCGAACGGGCACUCUGUCCGGCAAGGAGAUGAAGCUGCAGGAAGCGCUAGAGAGCGAGAAGCAGCGCCAUGUGCAGGAAGAGAAGGUUCUCACCAAGCAGAUCGAUGAGCUGAACGAAGACCUGGCUAUGAAGCGACAGGCCGCCGAGAACAAUCGUACGGAAGUCAACAAUGCCAAAGAAGAGCUGCGGAUCUCAAUACGUGAGCAAGCUGUCCUGAAAGAGAAGAUCUCUGAACUCGAGGAAGAGAUCGAGGUGCUGCAAGCGGACAUGGACCAGGAACAUCAACUUCUCGAGCAGUUCCAGCAAAAGUCACACGAGAGCGUUGAUGCGCAGGUCUUGAAGCUGAAGAAAGAGAAACAGACACUUCAAGACAGCCUAGCAAAUGUGCAGAUCGACCUCAGCAACGUCCGAAGAGAGCUCAGUGCCGCUCAUGCUGACUAUGAAGAACUGGAGUCUAAAGUGCAGAAGUCGUCGGGUACGCCUAACGACACAUUCAACGUCGAUACAGAGAAGCGAGACUUGAAGAGAGCAAAGCAGAAGCUUGAGACAGAAGUCCAGCGCCUGACAACGGAGAAGGACAGCCUGGUGGCCAGCAAUCAAGCCUUAGAAGACGAGAUCAAUGCCGAGAUGGAUCGUGCUGCCGCGGAAGAAGAGCGAUUGACGAAGGAGCUCGAUCAGCUGCGCCUGCAGCAACUCACGAGCACUGACUCGCGAGACCGAGACCUCAAGUCAGCCAAGGCCAAAGUCACCAGACUCGAGUCGCGGGUGAAAGAGCUAGAAGACCUUCUCGACAACCAGUCAAAACAAGUCACUUUCCCGGGUGUCGACAUCUCCGGGCUGAAGCACGAUCUUGCAGACGCCCGGAAGAAGGAGACCGCCACCGCGAAGCGCGAGAGCGAGCUGAAGUCGACGAAUCGCGACUUGAGAAUGCAGCUCAACGACCUUGAGCGCGAACUCCACGAUGCUCGUCUGGCACAACUGAAAUCGCCCUCGGUCUCGCCACCUCCGUCGAACUCCAAAGAGCUGGCAAGGCUGCGUCAAGAACUCACCUCAGCCCAGUCUGACCUGCAAGAAGCCCGCCACCGCAUCAGAGAUCUCGAGCGCUCAUCAAGACAACCCUCAAGCAGCACGUCGGAAGUGCAUCGUCUGAACGAGAAGAUCGCCGAACAACAGUCUCUAGUUUCAGACCUCCGCCUCGAGAUCAAGGACCUCCAGGACCAGCAGCAGCAGACCCAGAACGUCGCCCAGACCCUGCGAUCACGCGAGCGUGAUAUUAAAUCCCUAGAAGCGCAGCUCCAACGCCUCGGGAACCGACCCAACUCCAAGACCAACCACGCCGCUGUUACGGACGAAGAUGUGUCAAUCGUCACAGCAGACCUAGCCCACCGCUCCCACGAACUCCAGUCAACCAAACGCGCCCUCACACGCAUCCGCGCCGAACGCCAGCACGCCAAUCAGCGUGCCGAGUCGAUAGAAACCGAACUCGAGGCUCUCCAAGCACGGUACGAGGGUAUGCUCGAAAGACUCUCCUCUGGAAAGCACAGCAGGGACGAGGUCCGCGAGAAGGAGAUGCGCGGAUUGAUUCAGGAGAUACAGUUCCUGAAGGCAAGGUGUAAGCGGGCGGAGCGGCUGAGGAAGGAUGCCGGGUGGGCGAAGGAGUGGUGUGUUCGGGAAGGGGAGGUUCGGAGACGAUGCAACGAAAUCGACCUCAAGAUCCUCCGCGAGAUGGGCGUUAAGGUCCCCAGCCGGGAGAAGUACGAACGCAAACUGACACCCAAGAACAAAUUCCGCGCCGGAGUGUUUGUGGUCAUGGCGGCGAUGCGGCUGAGCAAAGGCGAAGAAGAGUGGGCUGCUUGGAAAGGAGUCGGCGAGAAGUUGAAGCUCGCUAGCGCCGAUGCUGGCAGGAGAAAGGAGGAUGCUGGGAAGGAGAGGAAGGCCACGUCAGGGAACGAGGGCAGGCCUAGAGUAAGAUCAUCGAGGGGUGGUGUUGAGGUAUGA